AUGCAAUGCAGACCCAGCUUGGCUAAACUCGACCGGUUCCUUGUUUCAACGGAUUUGGACCAAACCUAUCCUCUAAGCAAGGUCAAAGCCCUCCCUCGGAUCACUUCCGACCACACACCCAUCACUCUAUCUACCGGGAUCCACCCGCCGACACGGAGGUUUAGAUUUGAGCGUGUCUGGCUUUCUAAGGAGGACUUCGCCGCUAACGUACCGUGCUGGUGGAAUGAAGUCACCCCCAAGACAUCGGCUAUCCUCACCCUAUCGGCCAAGCUUAGGCACUGUAGAAUCAGAAUUAAGGAAUGGCGCAAGACAAACUUCUACAGCAUUUCAUCAACUAAGAGGCUAUUGCAGGAAGAACUUCAAAACAUUGAUCUACUGGAAGAACGUUUCGCCCUUUCACAUGAGUCCCGGGAUAGACGGGAUGCCAUAAAAGCUCAGUUUCAGAUCAUUCUCCAGGAGGAAGAAAUCUUAUGGAAUACUAGGUCCAAACAAUUUUGGCUUGAGGAAGGAGAUAGUAAUACUAAGUUCUUUCACGCGGUAGCCAAUGGAAGAAAACACACCAACGCGAUCGAAGUCAUUGAAGACGAAUCAAGAUGA